GACGAAGCAGUCGCUGGUUUGGAGGGUAUAGAAUGCGGCCGGAGUGAGUGCCGUUUCUGAGCUGUGUGAUAGCAAACCGGUGAGACGUUUCAGGUUAACACAAUCCGCUCAUCACCGAAGCUACAACGAAAAUGCCUGAUGCAAAAUCAGCUGUUGCCGCAAGCAAGGAGCAUGCUCUAGCCGUCACAAGAGAUUACAUUUCUCAGCCACGGUUGGUAUACAAGACCGUCUGUGGUGUCAACGGCCCCUUGGUCAUUUUGGAUGAAGUCAAGUUUCCGAAAUAUGCCGAAAUUGUUCAGUUGGUCCUUGCGGAUGGCACUGCCCGCACUGGGCAAGUACUGGAAGUCAGUGGAUCAAAAGCUGUUGUACAGGUGUUUGAAGGCACAUCCGGUAUUGAUGCCAAGAACACUGUGUGCGAGUUCACUGGAGACAUUUUGCGAAUCCCAGUGUCUGAAGACAUGCUUGGCAGAGUAUUCAAUGGCUCCGGCAAACCCAUUGACAAAGGUCCACCAGUGUUGGCUGAAGACUUCCUGGAUAUUCAGGGCCAGCCAAUCAACCCAUGGUCUCGUAUCUAUCCGGAAGAAAUGAUUCAAACUGGGAUCUCUGCCAUUGACGUCAUGAACAGUAUUGCCCGAGGCCAGAAAAUUCCCAUCUUCUCUGCAGCUGGUCUUCCUCACAACGAUAUUGCUGCCCAGAUCUGUCGUCAAGGCGGCCUUGUGAAGCUUCCUGGAAAGAGUGUGCUUGACUCUUCAGAAGACAACUUUGCCAUUGUUUUUGCUGCUAUGGGUGUGAACAUGGAAACUGCAAGAUUUUUCAAGCAGGACUUUGAAGAGAAUGGCUCCAUGGAGAAUGUGUGUCUGUUCCUGAACUUGGCAAAUGACCCAACUAUUGAGAGGAUCAUCACACCACGUCUUGCCCUGACUACUGCCGAGUUCCUGGCCUACCAGUGUGAGAAGCACGUACUGGUGAUCCUGACUGACAUGUCUUCAUAUGCAGAAGCUUUGCGAGAGGUAUCUGCUGCCCGAGAAGAAGUCCCUGGUCGACGUGGCUUUCCUGGUUACAUGUACACUGACUUGGCCACCAUAUACGAGCGGGCUGGGCGGGUGGAGGGCCGCAAUGGCUCCAUCACACAGAUUCCCAUCUUAACCAUGCCCAAUGACGAUAUCACUCACCCCAUACCUGACUUGACAGGCUACAUUACUGAGGGCCAAGUGUAUGUUGAUCGGCAGCUGCACAAUCGGCAGAUCUAUCCACCCAUCAAUGUGUUGCCAUCCCUGUCUCGACUUAUGAAAUCUGCCAUCGGAGAAGGCAUGACGAGGAAGGACCAUGCAGAUGUCUCCAACCAGCUGUAUGCCUGCUACGCCAUUGGCAAAGAUGUACAAGCAAUGAAGGCAGUUGUUGGAGAAGAAGCUUUAAGCGCUGAGGACUUGCUUUACCUGGAGUUCCUUACAAAGUUUGAAAAGAAUUUCAUCUCCCAAGGAGGCUACGAGAACAGAACUAUCUUUGAGUCUCUGGACAUUGGCUGGCAGUUGCUGCGCAUAUUCCCCAAGGAGAUGCUGAAGCGAAUUCCCCAGUCACUACUGCAGGAAUUUUACCCACGCGAUGGCAGACAAGGUGCCGAUGCCAAGUAGUCAAGCCGGCUGCACUCUCCAGUCACGUGGGGCCGGCCCAGCCUUCACCUUGCAUUCCAAAUCAGGAAAUCAGUGUAUUUCUUUCUCCCCCACCUUCACUCUGGCACGGCAUCUUUGCUGGUCAGGACCUUGUAAUGUAGUGAAUGUGUAUACUUGUACACUUGUUUCAUUCAGCUGUUGUAAGAUGGUGCUCACAUCAGUUAUUAUGUAGUGUUAAAUGCUGAGCAGCAGUGUCUUGCAAAAAUGCUUGGUGUAAAAGCUAGCAGACGUAGCAAUAAUUUUUUUUUGUCCAUCUUAGGCUACAUCUUGUCGUGAUCACUGCCACCAGCAGCAUUUUGCUUGUUGUGUUGCACACACUGGCUACAAGUGGCUUUCAAUAGUCUAGGAGGCUGGUGCCAGUAUUUUAUUUAAGUGUUUUCAGCUGAUGGUGAAUAAACAAGUUUAAAAUAUCAAGUUGUUUUUUUUUUUCUUUUCUGUAUUUUGCUGUGACAAAUGUGCUUGAAACUAGUGGCUUCAUUUAGCAGCUUCAACCGAGAUGGUGCAGUCUAAAAAGUGAAGUUCAGCAAUGCUUGGUGUGGGGGCGACCCUAGUAACUGCAGAAGGGGCAUAGAUGUGUUGUCUUGCACAUGGCAAACUUGAGGCUGCUGAAAAGUGCCAGCAACAAAGUGCCAGAGAAUUUUUAACAAACUGCCUAGCAAGUCUGACUCUUUGGCCUGUUUCACCAUUUCUUUUGAAUGCCAGAAGCUAGGCAUGCCUGUCCAUUUUGUUGAGGUUUCCCAUUUCCAGGUAAAAUCGGGUUCUGGAAUUUUGCAGUCGAAAGUAGUUUAAGCAAGAUAUGCUUGAACCUAGAUUCCUCAACAGAAUGCCCGUUCCAGGAAAUGUUAAUACAGUAACAAGAAAAAUGUUUAGGAUUUCCAGACGGCGAUUUGACCGGUGAUGUUCUUCAGUCAGUGUGACGGAGAUGUCAAUGUUAAGCUGCAAAAUACUGCCAAUAAACUUGC